AUGCGACCCACAUUUGGCGCAGGGAUCGGAGCCAAGACGGGGCCGACUGCUCAGGAGAGGCAGUCCGACACAGACUUGGAAAAGGGAGGCUUCAGACCGGCCACGUUCGUCUCGUCUCGCGGCGGCAUUGGGGCACGACCACCUCCGGCCACAGGCGAGGAUGCAGGGGACGACGUCGAAGAACGAGGAGGGAUAGGAAGCAGAGGAGGCAUCGGAAGCAGGGGAGGCAUUGGUAGCGGCCGAGCGGGAAUAGGAAGCCGCGGAGGACUGGGCAGUGGUGAGGCGGCGCAGCAUCCCACCUUUGCGCCCAGCCAGCUGUCCGAGGCCGGCGUUCCUUCUUCGUUUGGUGCAGCAGAGAAGGUGGCUCCUUCUUCCGCCUUUUCUCAAAGGUCGUCUUCGUUCGCUGGUCAGCGACACCAGCCAUCAGGUGCAAAUGGCGGAGGAGCUGCUCCCAAGACCAACAUCCGCUUCGGGACAGGAUUGGGGGGAGGAUUCGACCCGAGCAAAUACCUUGCCCAGAUGGGCUGGAGCGGUGGCGGCCUGGGUAGAAACGGCGAGGGCAUUGUGAAUCCAAUUGAGGUGAUGCAGCGGCCCUCAAAGGCUGGGUUGGCCUUUGGCGGGCGCAAGGAAAAGACAAAGCAGGCCAAAGACGAGGCACGGCGGCGAGGCGAGGAGGUCAGCACCGAUGAGGACGAGAGGGAGGCGAGGCGGAAGCGGGACAAGAGGCGAGCAAACAAAAAGGAUCAGACGGCAAAGGAGCAGGACAAGCAGAGACAGCAGGCUUGGACGACGGCCGACAGCAAGAAGAAGCCGCGCAAGCCCAAGGUCCAGCACCGCACCUACGAGCAGAUCAUCGAGGAGCAUGGCGGGGGCAGUGGUGGCGCGGCAGCCACGAGCGACGUGGGACAGAUCAUCGAUGCGACAGGCAAAGAGAUGCGAGAGGUAUCCUCACUCAGUGCCGCAUUGGCUCACCACGCCGUCCCCACGAGCGACACGACGAAGCUACCCGAGUUGCGACACAACCUGCGCCUUAUCUGCCAGAACAGCCAGUCGAAUCUGGACACGCUGGCACGACAGGGCAGUGCAGUCAUGGAGCGCAAAAAGUGGCUCGUCAGGGAGCGCGAUGAGUCCCUGAGACGUAAAGCCCGCCAUGAGACAGAGGCCAAGCGGCUGUCGUCGCUGCUGGCAGUCGUGCGUCAGCUCGAGAAGCUCGGCCGCGAGGCUCAAUCCGACAACAGCCUCGUCGAUCUUGAGGUAUUCACCCCAGCAGUCAAGGCCCUCGUCGAGGAGCAUGCCCAAGAGAUCCAAGCCGCGAGACUUGACGAGGCCGUCGUGGGCGCCGUCGUGCCCGUCAUGCGUCGCCUUCUGUCCCACUGGUUGCCUCUCGAGGAGCCAGCGCUGUGUGUCACGACCUUGAGAAAGUGGAAGCCUGCCCUGGCCAUCGAGAGCGACGCCGAGGCGAGGGCCAAGAGCAAGGAGGCAAAGAUCAUGACGCCCUACGAAAGCCUGGUCUGGAAUCUGUGGAUGCCACCUGUCCGCUCCGCACUCAACAAUGAGUGGGAGCCGAGCGACUCACAAGGAGCCAUCAACCUUAUUGAGGCCUGGAAGAGCAUCCUGCCUGCAUUUGUCCGCGACAAUGUCACACAGCAGCUCAUCCUUCCCAAGCUGAAGCGUGCCGUGGCAGAAUGGGAGCCGCCCAGAGCACAGGAGGACCAAGAGAAGGGAGCCUUGCACCGACUCGUGUUUCCCUGGCUGCCCGUGCUGGGAGACCAGAUGGACGACGUUCUGCAAGAUGCUAAGCGGCGACUACGGGCCACCGUGAAAGCGUGGAGGGUAUCGAGGAGCCUGCCUGCACACUUGGCCGUCUGGCGACCAGUCUUUUCUUCACGGGAAUGGGAUUCAAUGUGCCUAGCCCAUGUCGUGCCCAAGCUUUCUGCCCACCUUCGCGCCGAAUUCAAGGUCGACCCCACAGACCAAAAAAUGGAUGCCCUCGAGGACGUCCUGGCCUGGCGGUCCUCGGACGUGCUUCGACCUUCGAUUCUCUCCAAAGUCCUUGCGAGGGACUUUCUGCCCAAAUGGCUCGAGGCUCUCUAUCAGCUACUCAUUGACCCGAGAGCGAAUUUGGCAGAGGUGGCGCAGUGGUAUCAGUUCUGGAAAUCAUGGUUUCAGCAAAGGCUCGGCGAAAAUGCCGGCGUGCUCAGUCUGCAGAGGGGGUUUCAGAGGGCACUCGAAACUAUGCAACAUGCAAUCGAGCUGGGCGACGCGAGGAGCGCCCAGACUCUGCAGAGGCCCUCACUCGAAGGGUUGGCAACGCGCGACGGCGAGGUGCUUCAAGCUCGAGGCGAGAGCAGGCCAACACAACGCCAGAGUGGUGGCCUACAAGACCUACGGGCCCACGGAGCCGAUGGUCAGAAAGAAGAUGACACAACCUUUAUCGACAUCGUCAGCGAGGCGGCGUCCGAUGCCGACCUACUCGUUCAGGCACUCAACCGGAGAGGGGGACCUGAAGGGGCGCAUUCACUCCUACGCCUCUCGCGGGGCAUCGACGGGAAAGGCGGCGUCACUUUUUACAUUGAGGGUGAUGUCAUCUUCCGAGAGCAGAGGAGCGCGACGAUGGCGGCCCAGACGGUCUACGAACCAAUCUCCAUCUCUGACCUCAUCGAGACGGUUGCAAAAAAGUGA